CCUCUCUCUCUCUCUCUCUCCAGUCGUUUGCCGGCUAACGCUGCGUCUUCCCCAAAUUCGGAAGUCCUGGAAAGUCAAAGCAGACAACAAUCCCACCUCAGAGCUGAGUGACCGUCGACUGUUUCCAGUCAAAUGUCGUCGUUUUUGCACUUCCCUGCCGUUUCUACGCUCCCCUCUUCUCUUCCCGGAGCUUUCUUCCCCGCCCGGCCCAAACCCACCUCGCUUCUCCACCGCCGCGUUAAAUGCAGAUAUGCAGAGAUGAAUGUAAAAACGGAUUUCAAUUCCACCACAAUAGACGUUGUGGCCGAUGUUAAACCUGAACGGGUUGUUGUAUUAGGAGGCACCGGUUUUGUUGGUUCUGCUAUAUGCAAGGCUGCGGUAUCCAGAGGAAUAGAGGUCGUUGGCGUGAGCAGGUCAGGGCGUCCCACUUACUCCGGUGCGUGGAUAGAUCAGGUUAACUGGGUGCCAGGAGAUGUUUUCUAUGUAAACUGGGAUGAAAUACUUAUUGGGGCCACCGCUGUGGUUUCAACCAUUGGUGGUUUUGGCAGCGAGGAACAGAUGCAGAGGAUUAAUGGGGAGGCAAAUGUUGUUGCUGUGAAUGCUGCGAAGGAUUACGGAGUUCCCAAGUUUAUCUUGAUCUCAGUGCAUGAUUACAAUCUACCUCCAUUUUUGCUUUCAUCUGGGUACUUCACAGGAAAGAGAAAAGCUGAAUCAGAGGUUCUCUCCAAAUAUCCCAAUUCUGGUAUUGUGCUUAGACCUGGUUUCAUAUACGGGAAACGGAGGGUGGAUGGUUUUGAGAUUCCUUUGGAUUUGAUAGGUGAACCAUUGGAAAGAUUUAUCAAUGCUACCGAAAACUUUACCAAACCGUUGAGUUCUCUUCCAGCAUCUGAUCUGCUCUUGGCUCCACCUGUUAGUGUCGAUGAUUGCACUUGCCGCAAUCAAUGGAAUCAGAGAUGAUGAUUUCUUCGGCAUUUUUACCAUUGCACAAAUUAAGGAGGCUGCGGAGAAGGUGAGGGUGUAAGAAUAUAUUUUGGUAUAGGAAAUUAACAGGUGACAGUAACGCAAACAGGUCCGAGUAUAAAUAACACCUGGUUCGGAAACCCCUUCUUGGUGGAGGAUAAAUUACGUUUUGCUAUUUUGUAAAGACGAACAAGUUUUUUGUAUGACUAUCUGAAUCAAAUUUCAUCUGAA